GUUCAACUGAGAGGACAAAUACUGAACAAUAUUGAUGGCACCAACUUUGUAGCCGAAAACUGUUGGGUUUACAGCCGGAACAGUUUUUACCAAUUCUUGCAUAACGGUUGCGGUGAUGGAGUUGUAUUCCCAUCGAACAUCGGAUUUAUCUCAAACUACGGAACUAUCAAAAGCCCUUUCUUUGAAGUUUUCCGACUACGUGAUAGCAACAGACUUUGGUUCCAAUGUAUUGUGAAAUUCUGUGACAAUGUCUGUCCCAGAAAGAUGUGUCUAUGGAGGAAACUAACGAAAAAUUCUAGAAAUGAAGUUCGUCGAAAAUUGAUAUUCAAAGAUAAUUUCACGCAUACUGCACUAAAUAGUCGUUAUUCUAUGCAGAGCGAAGUAUUUUACGUGAAUGACCCAUCUCAACCCAAGUCACUUCCGGUUGUACAGAGUCGAAUAAGAAACAACUCCAGCGUUGAGUUAUGGCGAGGAAAUAUUCAUCUGCUAUUGGUUGUUUACUCAGUAUAUUACAGUCUCCUUUUAGUAAUAACCUUUUAA